AAUUAAUUGUGAUAUGUUGAUUUGAUGAGGAAAAAUAAUUCUUCCGAGAAAAUGUGGAUCUGGAUUUUGGUAUUAACCUUCGCUUGCGGGAACGGCCAGUUCUCGCAAGAUCCGAUAGAAUCGACGCGCACUCCUUGGAACCGAUUUGAUGAUAGAGAUUCAACUGGAUUUGGACUACGAAAUUCUGGCAAUCCAACUGACAAUAUUAUCAUAAAAGAGGCUACUUACUUUGUGGUCACAUCUAGAAUGGUUAGACCAGGACAGAUCUACCGUUUAGCUGUAAAUGUCUUAUACAGUCCAAUACCAAUGAUGGUACGUGCAUCCAUUCAAAGAAAUGGUGUGGAGAUUGCUGCAGAUUUUCAAGAAGUGAAGGAAGGCAUACCAGAAACUUUAAUGAUGAGAUUGCCACCUACAUCUCUCAAUGGAAACUAUAAAUUAAGGGUAGAAGGAACAUUCAACAGUUUAACUGGUGGUCAAGCAUUUUUGAAUGAGACCAAACUUAUAUUUUCUCAAAGAUCAAUGACCAUUUUUAUUCAAUUGGACAAACCUGUAUACAUGCAGGGAGAAAGUGUGAAAUUUAGAACUAUACCUAUAGACACUGAACUCAAAGCAUUUAAUAAUCCCAUUGAUGUAUAUAUGUUAGAUCCAUACAGAAGAAUAAUGAGAAGAUGGUUAAGUAGACAGAGCAAUUUAGGAACAGUAUCUUUAUCAUACCAACUCUCUGAUCAACCUGUUUUUGGAGAAUGGAUUAUACAGGUGAUAGCACAAAGCCAAGUUGAGGAAAAAACUUUCAUGGUUGAGGAAUAUUAUCAAACACGUUUUGAAGUUAAUGUUACAAUGCCAGCAUUUUUCUUUGACAAUGAUCCAUACAUAUAUGGCACAGUUCAAGCAAACUAUACCAGUGGUGCUCCAGUGAGAGGAAAUUUGACUCUAAAAGCAAGCUUCAAAUCAUUGGAUAGAAUACAUACAGAAUCUGAUUCUGAACCUGCAGAAAGAUACUUCUACUUUGAUGAGUAUUAUCCUUCCUGGUUAAAAGUAUCAACCUUUUAUGAAAAUACAGUUCCUGUACUAAGAUUUUUCAAUGGAACAUAUCAUUUUCGAUAUCCAAUGUCAGAAUUAUUAAAUUAUGUGCCUACUGCAAGUGGAGUGGAGGUUACUGUGGUUGCAACAGUUGGUGAAAGAUUUUUGGAGGAAAUAAUCACAGGAUACUCUUCAGCCCGAAUUUUUAAUUCUACCACGAAAAUACGAUUCUUAGGCGGCACACCACAAGUUUUUAAACCUGCAAUGCCAUUUACUGUGAAUUUAGUUGCGUCGUUCCACGAUAAUUCUGCAUUAAGGGCAUCACAACUGAAAGGAGCUGUAAUGGAAAUUCGCGCGGACAUUGACAUGAAAACAGGUGGUCGUAGAACACUAGAAACACAAUAUCUAAAACAUACACCAGACAACGAGGAUAUUUGGUCUACUAAAAUUGAUCUAAGAAAACAGCUUGGACUUGAACAUAAUGUAGAUCAAGCUCAGCAAAUUCUCAAUGAUAUCGCGUCCAUGAAAGUCUUCGCCUAUCUAACUGACGGAGAAGGAUUCAGAACACAAGCUGAAUUAUUGUUACUCGCUCAUGAAUCACCAAAUCAGCAGCAUAUCAAAAUCUUGACAUCUACUGAGAAACCCAAAGUCGGAGAAUACAUGAUAUUCCAUGUUCAAACAAAUUUUUACAUUGAUACUUUCAACUAUCUAAUUAUGGCAAAGGGUAUGAUACUUUUAACUGGACAGGAUAACAUGCAACACAACAUAAAGACGUUUGCCGUGCCUCUCAGCGCAGAAAUGGCGCCUGUUGCAACUGUUGUUGUAUAUAAUAUUGGACAGUAUGGCAGCGUUGUAGCAGACUCUUUAACUUUCCCAGUAAAUGGUAUUUCACGCAAUAAUUUUACUGUAUUCAUUAACAAUAAAAAAGCCAGAACAGGUGAAAAUGUUGAAGUAGCCAUUUAUGGAGAACCAGGAGCGUAUGUCGCUCUUUCAGGUAUAGAUAGAUCUUUUUACACGAUGCAAGCUGGAAACGAAUUAACGUACGCCAACGUGAUAUCAAAAAUGGCACGUUUCGACGAAGAAACAAACGGCACUCAUUCUCAUACUUGGUUAUUCCAUGAAGGCGACCCAGAUGAAAGCGUUCAUUUCCCGUCUUCAACGUUUGGCAUAGACGUUAACAGAACAUUCGAAUACAUUGGAUUAAUAGUCUACACAGAUGCCUUUAUUUAUAGAAGACCCGAUAACUGCAAUGCAACUCAAGGAUUUGGAGAAUGCCUCUCUGGAAGAUGUUACAGAUUGGAUAAAAAGUGCGAUGGAGUGUUUGAUUGCGAAGAUGGUACUGACGAAGCGGUCUGUGAAUACAGAAACGCUAGUGACGUAGCACUCUUUAGAAAAUGGCGGUUCAAUAGGCUACAAAGACAGUACGAAAAUGUCUGGUUGUGGAAAGAUAUCAAUAUAGGUCCUCAUGGUAGACACAUUUUUAAUAUCGAUGUACCAAGAAGACCGGUUCACUGGAUGGUUACGGCGUUUAGUAUGUCUCCAAGCAUAGGCUUUGGCAUGUUGCCCAAAGCCAUAGAAUACAUGGGAGUUUUGCCAUUCUACAUUAAUGUAGAAAUGCCCACUCACAGCAGGCAAGGAGAACAGAUUGGCAUUCGUGUCUCGAUCUUUAAUUAUUUGCGUUAUAACAUUGAAGCGCUAGUAGUGUUGGCUGGUUCUACAGAUUACAAGUUUAUCCAUGUUGAAGAUAAUGGUAUUGUACAAUCGUACAAACCUCGGACGUCUUUUGGUGAACAUCAGUUCUUCAUUUGGAUCCAUGCUCAAGAUGCUGCUAUUGUCUACCUGCCUAUUGUACCAAUAAAACUUGGAGAUAUCAAAGUGCACAUUUACGCCACCUCUGUAAUUGGAAGAGACUCGGUUACACGUAAUUUGCAUGUAGAAGCUGAUGGCCUUCCUCAACGCAGACAUCAAUCCAUUUUACUUGAUCUCAGUAAUCGUGCCUACGUGUUCCAAUACAUGCACGUUAACAUCACAGAAACUCCAAUCAUACCUUAUGAUGAAAAUCGUUAUUAUGUAUUUGGAUCGAAUAAGGCAGUUAUAAGUUUGGUCGGAGACGUGGUUGGGCCAAUUUUCCCAACAAUGCCUGUUAAUGCUACAAGCCUCAUGGAUCUUCCUAUGGACUGUGCAGAACAAAAUAUGUUCAGUUUUGCGGCUAAUCUGUACACAACAUUGUAUAUGCGUUUAGUUAACCAACGUAACAGAACGCAAGAGAAACAAAGUUUCCAUUACAUGAAUAUUGGUUACCAAAGGCAACUGUCCUUCAUGAAUCCUGAUGGAUCAUUCAGUCUAUUCCGUAGCGAUUGGAAUCAGUCCUCUCCAAGCGUUUGGCUAACAGCAUACUGUGCUCGUGUUUUACAAGAAGCACGUUUCUACGAAUGGGAGAACUACCUUUAUGUCGAUCCUGAUGUAAUUGCCCAAGCUGUGUCUUGGAUAUUGAAACACCAAACACCUGAGGGAUCAUUUUAUGAAGUUACGUGGUUACCUGAUCGCAAAAUGAACAGCUCUCUAAAUUAUAAUAAUGAUAUAAUAACUCAUAGAAACAUCAGUCUUACAGCUCAUGUUCUUAUCACACUGCAAAGUGUGAAAGAUUUGCCUGAGGGUUUGGGAACUCAAGUUGCUGUGAAUUCUGGUAAUGCAGUUAAGUGGUUGGAAAGAAAUUUAAAAUUGUUAGAGGAACGUGGUAAACCAUAUGAAAUAGCAAUAGUAGCAUAUGCUCUGUUGUUGGCAAAAGCUUCUACUGCCGGACAAGCUUUUAAUAUUUUAUCCAGACACGCUCGUAGAGAAGGAGGUUUGACUUAUUGGGGUAGAGAACCAGUGCCUCUUCCCCCUUACAAGCUGGAAAAUCAGAAACCAUUCUUACUCCCACGUUUACCGUAUCCAUAUGAUUCUGAAAAUAUUGAAACUACUGCAUAUGCUCUUCUGGUACACGUUGCACGACAAGAAAUAAUGAUAGAACCUAUAGUUAAAUGGCUAAAUGCUCAAAGAUUGACUGACGGAGGUUGGGCCUCCACGCAAGACACUGCGUGGGCGAUGAAAGCUUUAAUGGAUUAUACAGUUAGGUCUAGAAUCAGAGAUGUUAGCUCGUUGACUGUUACUGUGGAGGCUACAGCUCUUCCAGGACAGACUAAAACAUUAUUCGUUAAUGACAAUAAUCUUGCUAGACUUCAAACUAUAGAGAUACCAGAAGCAUGGGGAACGGUAAAAGUACAAGCAAAAGGUGCCGGAUACGCAAUUCUGCAGAUGUCUGUACAGUAUAAUGUGGACAUUCCGAAAUUCCAAACACAACCACCUAUCAGGUCUUUCGAUCUUGUCACAAGAGCAAACUUCCAUGGCAGAAAUCAAUCUCAUAUUUCGUACCUCAGUUGUCAGAGGUGGAUAAAUACAAACGAGUCAUCCCGAUCUGGAAUGGCAGUACUAGAUGUAGCUAUUCCAACAGGCUACAUAAUCCAACAACAAAAUUUAGACAAAUACAUCCAAUCGAAACAAGUAAGGAACCUUCAGAGAGCAAGAUUCCAAGAAAAGAAAGUUCUUUUUUAUUUCGAUUAUUUGGACCAAGAAGAGACUUGCGUGAACUUCACCAUAGAAAGAUGGUUCCCGGUUGCAAAUAUGUCACGUUAUCUCCCUAUCAGAGUUUACGAUUACUAUGCACCAGAGCGUUUCAAUGAAAGUAUAUUCGAUGCUCUGCCCACGUACACGCUAAAUAUUUGUGAGGUUUGCGGCAGUUCUCAGUGUCCAUAUUGUUCAAUUUACAAUACUGCCACCCUGUUGGCCGCGCCAACGGGUUUACUGCUCACAGUAUCUAUUCUGGUUGCUCUAACGAGAUAUUUUCGAACACAGGAAUUUAGUGUUGGAUAAUCUCGAUACCUAACGAACACAAAUCUAACGAAAAAUGAAAAGGGAAAGGUGAAUAUCCUUGGUUUUCAUAUUUUAAUUAAUAUUGCCAUGUUUUUUCUUAACAUUAACUCUCUA